CAGGGAGGGCUUCUAAGCUGUUCUCAGAAGGAUUCAAGAGGAUUGUUGAAGGAGCAAAGAUCAUAUCUUGAGUCUUUUUCAUCAUCUGUUUGCGAAAUGUACAUGCAAUAUGAAGUCACCUCUUUCUCAUGUUCAGCCACCAAGGGAUGUCAUCAAUGCUUGGUGCUCAUGUAAAGGUGGACUUAGAGGCAGAUGCAAGCAUGUGUGUGCCAUUGUCCUGUUCGUAAACAAUGAUUCAUCAUUGAAGGGCUCUACAGUGACUAUGCAACAGGAAUGGAGCAAACUGUCUACUUCCUUUGAUUAUGAGAUGGAAAAGAAGGUGAAAGAUACAUUCCUGAGCAAAUGUGAUGACAUUGAAGAUUUAGGUGCCAUUGACCCUUCAGAUGCCAUGUCUCAUCUUCAAUUGAUCGAUGGUCCAACUCAAGAUGAGCUCUUACCUGAAAUGGUUGCAUCGUUUAAGAGGAAUGAAGCUGAACCAAGAGAAAUGAAGUUGCCCUCAGAGAUGGAGGCAGUAUUUUUAUUUGAUAGAAACUGUUUCCAUGCCUACGAGACCAUUUCAAUAGAUCCUGAAGGUCUCCAGAUGAAGGUGAAGAAGAUUUCCCUCCUAGAUUGUCUCAAUUCUGAAACUCUUCACUUUUAUCGCCAACACAUCUAUGCAGAUGAUGAAAAACAAAAACAAAUUGCCAGAGAAACUAUUGGCCAGUCAUCCAACUCCAAAUGGCAUGAGGAACGCAAACUCAGGAUCACCAGCACCUGCUGUCAUCCCAUCAAGACUUGGAGGAAAGACUUAUCAUUGCUGCCCCCAAAGUUGAAAUGUACAUUUUUCAAUGCAAGUAUGGAAUAUGGGAGACUCCUGGAACCAGUAGCACGUGAAGCUUUUCAGAAACAGGAGCAUGUGAGUGUUGCAGAGGUUGGCCUAUUCUGUCAUCCUCAGCAAUCCUGGUUAUGCUGCAGCCCAGAUGGGUUGUAUUGGAAGGAAAACUCUCUGCAUCUGUUGGAAAUCAAAUGUCCCAAGACCUGUGAGCAUGGCUACAUUAUUGACCGCCUGUCAAAGAAGAGCAUGGUACCAUAUCUCACAUUUGAUGAGAAGGGGUGCCCUAUGCUGAGAGAAACCCAUCAGUAUUAUACACAAGUGCAAAUUGCGUUGUAUGUGUUGGGAAUCAAGUCCUGUUCCUUUUUCACAUAUUCAAGACAUGAUCAAGUCACUGUACAUGUUUCUUAUGAUGAUUCUUUCCUUCAAGCUGUAAUCCCACGGCUUGAGCAUUUCUUCUUCAAGAUUUACCUGCCAUAUAUGAUGGAGGAGCAGUCAUGA